UUUCCACUUAUUUUGACACACACGAAUCUGAAAGCCGAAGUGAACUGUCAUGGUAUUGCCAGGCGCAAUAUUUAUAUAUAAAAGUAUUAUAACAGAUUGUGAAAUUGAAGUGAAAAUAAAAUCAAAACUUUAUAAAGUCGUCAGUGUCAAAAUAAAUAUUGAAAAAACCUUUGGUUGGCUAGUUGUGAUUGUGUAUUCGAUGGUUCAUUGGGAAAUACAAAAUUUAAAGUGACAGAAUAAAGCGCCAAAUCUAUUAAAAACAUGAAACUAUAAACAUUUAAAAUAGAUGCAAUGAAUAAACCGAGUAGCGAGUGUUUUAAAUCCCAAUGUAUUUUAAAAACCACAGGGAAUGAGAAUAAGCCUUUUGAAUGUGUACCGCUGUUGUUGUUGGACGUCAAACGUUGUAGCGCAUCUUCGCCAACAGUUUUCGAAGCAUUUGAUGGCAAAACAUGUUUUCGUACAAUUAUGAUACACGGACGGAUUGUGGGUAAAAUGAUACCGAGCAAAAAAACUGGUCACUACAGGUUUGAAAUUGAUGACAACACCUCAGUUUUGCCUCUGCUUAUUCCGAAAAAAGAAGCAGAUAUUCUCGAAUUGCAACGCUUGCGAAAUGAAGUGUCUGCAAGGAAGUCAGUUAAGGAGCAUAAACACAUUUUAACUGCUUUACAGCAGUUGCUGAACAAAACUAGAAAACAACUUGAUCCAUCUAGUAUUUCCGUUGGCGACAAAAUAUUUGUUUUUGGAAAACCCGAUUUUGUUCGUGACCAAGUGGGCAUAUUCGGCUUUAAGUGGGAUAUCGACAGCGGUUCCGACAGAAUUAUGGAACUAGCUUUCAAAGACGAAGUAAUUGAGUGGUAUAUGAAUAUUUAUAGAAUAACAAGAAGAUAAAAGUUGGGUUUAAUGAUCGGUUUACUAUUUUUAUUAUUUAAUGGUUUGUAUGUUUAAAAUUUAAAUAAAAAAUAUUAAUCCUCGCUUA